UUCAAUCAUCAGAGAACCCCCUUCUCUCUCCCUCUCCUUUUAGAUCACCAACAUCGCAUGAUCUUUCUACCAAACAACCUCACUGCUUCUCCAAACUCCCAUUCAUCAACAAUUCUCUGUAAAGACGCGAAAUGGAUUAUCCCAAACAUACAAUCGGGAAUUUCGCUAUCGUACUGCUAUUCUUGAUCGGAGUGCUUCUUCUGUUUCGGUCUUCUUCUUUCUCUAGCCCAUUGUUCUUGAUGCAGAAGUUACAUUCAGACACAAUCACCAUGGAUGAACCUCUUGAUUCUGUUUUAGCGAAAGUGUCAACGGAGAACAAGACCGUAAUCGUUGCAAUAAUAAACAAGGCUUAUGCAGAACAAGACGUUAAUGGCCAUACCACCAUGUUCGACCUGUUUCUGAGCAGCUUCUGGCUUGGAGAAGGCACGAGGUCUCUAGGGGACCACCUUCUGGUCGUGGCCGUCGAUCAGAUUGCGUAUGACCGCUGCCGGUUUCUCCGGCUAAACUGCUUUAAAUUGGAAACAGACGGUGUUGAUUUUACAGGCGAGAAAUAUUUCAUGUCCGAUGAUUUCAUUAAGAUGAUGUGGAGAAGGACACUCUUUCUCUUGGAUGUUCUCAAACGAGGCUAUAGCAUCAUAUUCACGGAUACUGAUGUGAUGUGGCUUAGAAACCCAUUCACAAGACUUAGUAACGAUACUAACGAGGAUUUACAAAUCAGCACAGACAAUUACUUGGGAAAUCCUUGGUCAGAAAACCAUAAUAUCAACACAGGAUUCUACUUUGUUCGAUCGAACAAGAAGACCAUUUCAUUGUUUGAAACAUGGUACAGUAAGAAGGACAGCUCCAAAGGUCAUAAAGAACAAGAUGUGCUUGAAGGUCUCAUAAGACAUGGCAUUAUCAAAGAGUUAGGUCUUAGGGUUAGGUUCAUGGACACCCUUUACUUCAGUGGGUUUUGUCAAGAUAGCAGGGACUUUAGGGCUGUCACCACCGUGCAUGCUAACUGUUGCCGGACCAUCACUGCAAAGAUCACCGACCUUGAGGCUGUCCUCCGGGACUGGAAGCAUUUUAAAAUGUUGGAGUCAAGUAAGAGUAAUUUGACAGCCAUUGUGAAGUGGUCGGAUCACCGUGCAUGCCAUAAGUCAUGGCAUUGACUGUACUUGGUGGUAUGUGUAGUUGUUGAAUUUACUCAUUAUUUAGAGGAACAUUGCACUGUUGGGAAACAAUUAAAUACUUUUAGGGCAUUUUAAGGUAUUUCAAAAUAAAAGUAAAUUUGUGACAGAAA